UAGCUUUGCCCUAGAAUGCGAGAAGGGAUGUUCCCUCCAGCCGCAGCUCCAGAGGUUAUGCGCGCCGCCGAGAAGGACGAGCAAUACGCUUCCUUCGUCUGCGAAUCGUGCUACGAUGCGUUUCGCCACGCAUUUGGUAUGUGCCAAAUCGAAUUGCAGUGCAGCUCAUCCCAUCCAUGUCAACCAGGAACUCGGCUUGCUGUGGCCUACCAGAAUGAGACCAAACUUGCUGGCCGAGCCCUCUACUACCUCCUGACCACGGGGGCGGGACUCCAGACCUUGGGCGAGGAGUAUUGUGACAUCUUGCAGGUGGCAGGGGCAUCUGGCCUUCCCCCGUCUCCUGCUAGACGUGUUCUUCUCAUCUUCUAUCAAGCGAUUCUCCCAUAUCUCGGAGAACGUCUCAGCUCCAGAGCAGCUGCACGAGGAAUCCUGUUAGCAAACGAGGAGGGGAGGCGCGCACGCUCCUCGCUCUCGGGUGGAGAAAAUACACGAGCUACAGCAACCAGUAGUCUUUCUUACACGGGGCUGCUGCAAAAGAGUGAUCAAGUGCUCAAGUGGCUGCAAUGUUUAUGGUCUGCUGCCCUGCAGGGCUGGGCUGUGAUUCUGCCUUCCUUGCGCGAAGCUCUUCUACUUCUUUCACGAGCGAACUUGAUGCUCUUCUACUUCGAUGGAAUAUAUUAUCAUCUUGCAAAACGAGCAGCUCGAAUACGUUACAUCCAUAUGGGAAAGGCAGCGCAGCAAAGGCCCAGGUACCACAUGCUCGGUAUGUUCCUACUUCUUCAACUAUCGAUUUUAAGCGGGCAUUGGCUACGACGAAGUAUUCUACCAGCUGUUGCUCUAUCGAUGCAAUCACCCUCAGUUAACAGUGCCUCUCCUCCCGGAGCAACUCAUCAAAGGAUAACUAUUCUGGAUGAGGACGGAAACAUGCCUCAGAGAAGCUCAUUGGAACUAGAGAAGGAGGCUUCUUCGACGAAAUGCCCACUGUGCUUAAGUCCCCGCCAAAAUCCCACGGCAACGCCUUGCGGUCAUGUGUUUUGCUGGACUUGCGUCGCGGAAUGGUGCAAUGAGAAACCCGAAUGCCCACUCUGCCGAGCUCCAGUACUGCACUCUAGCCUUGUCUGCGUUUACCAUGCAGAUUUCUAAACAAGAGUGUGCUACGCGCAUGCUUUCGAAGCGUCAUUGUUGACUGUCAUCUUUGAACCAGUCCCAACAUUUGUCC